AUGACAUUCGAGGUGGGAUAUUUCCGAAUGAAGAAAUAUGGGCUUGUACCUUCAGAUGAGCCCAUUGCUGAAGUCCAAACUAUCAGCAGCAGUUCUUCUUCUUCUGAUGAAGUAGAAGUUGGUGCUGGUCCAGGCGAUGAUGGAGACACCGAAUCUGAUAAAGAAAAAGAAAUUGGUGUUGAAGGGACCACCAGUGAUUCCUCAGAGGGAGAAACCGGUGCUGGUGGUGACCGAGGAGGCUCUAGUAAAGUCAAAUCAAAGAAGAAGAAACCUAGUAAAGGCACGGGCAAAAUAACAAUUACAAACCUAGAUGAUAACAAAUGGCCAACAGAUCUUCCGGAAAACUUUCCAAUUCAUAAAGAUUGGGGCGAGGAUGACGUUCUUAGAGAAGAAGUGACGAGGCAAGGACCAAAAGAAGUGUGUUGGGCUGUUUGUCUAAGAGAGAACAUCGAAGCAACGAUCAAUAUAAGAAAUCGCAGUAUGGGGAUGAGGAACCUACAUCCAAACUUGUCUGCUCAGCAUCUGAUCAAUAACGUUAGCAAGAUUGAGAAAGGAGCGAUGAGAAGAUACGAAGGAGUUGAAAAUUUUCUUGUGCACCAAGGACUAGUUCAUGAAGACCUGUGUCCUUACACAGGCAGAAUUGAUAAACAAGGCUGUGCUCAUGCGAUGCCAGAGGCAGAACAAGUAACCAGAAUCAGACGCCUCGUAAGAAUAAAGAAAAAGCACAUCAAUGAGAAAGACCUGAUCAGAUUGGUAGCUCAAAGGCCGGUGAUGGUCGAAAUGAAAGCCUACACCAGCUUAUUGCGUUUCAAGGGGAAUGGUAUUUAUCGUGGGAAAGCUGGCAAGAAGGAUCCAGAGUUGAUAAACCGUCAUGCUCUAUUGCUGACUGGUUACGGGACGACAGAGAACGGAGAUCAUUAUUGGAUUGUGAAGAAUUCAUAUGGAACUGAAUGGGGUGAAGGCGGUUAUGGAAAAAUUAUCAGGCAGUGCAGUCCUAGAAACCCCAACGACUCUUCUCUGUUUGUGAAGAUAAGAUAUGCAGAGGUAUUUCUAUGA